AUGACAGAUUUGACAGCUGAACACAUCUUCAUCUUAUUUUGUGCUUUAUUUUUUCCUCCGGUUCUCUUCAUGGUGUUAAUGGUUGUAGUCUUGUCAGUAUUGGGUCAGUCUGCAGGUUUUAAUCAACAUUAUGUCUCUUGCUUGCUGAAAAUUUUUGAGUGGAGUGCUCGACAAAUAUGCUUAUCAGCCAAAAAGAAAAAUGAUAGCUCACCAAACUUACGCUUAUCGGUUGAUGGGAUUAGCGACAUUGAUAAUUCAAAUUUCGAAGUGGAAACAACCACUAUUACCACAGAUGAUUUAUUGUGGGAUAAAUUGUUGAAAAGCUUUAGGAAAAAACACUCUGGACCAAGAAUCAUAUUUCGCGAAACAUCAAUACAUUUUGACGAUGAAAAUGGACAAGUUUCGAAUAUCGAGGGUUGGGUCGCCGUACGAGACAGCAUGUAUCUUGUCAAGUUUCAGGCAGGCAUUGAAGCGGUCAUACAGGAUGAUGUAACUAGUAGAUUUGAAGCAGAGCAGCUCGUAUCGUGGAACAUGCUUACUCGAACUAGUUUAUCUUUCAAUCAGUUUAUCAAUUGGAAACUAUCGGUAAUUUGGGCUUUGGGAUUUCUUUUUCGAUAUACAGUUCUUUUACCUAUGCGCUUGGUUUUGCUAUUUACUGGUGUUUGCUUCAUGAUCGUUAGCACAACGGUGAUUGGUUUAUUGCCGGAAGGACCACAAAAACGGUGGCUAAAUGAGCACUGUCUGUUAUGUGGAUAUCAGAUUUUAUCUAGCUGUGUAUCUGCUGUUAUAACAUUCAAUAACCGAGAAAAUCGUGCUCGGAAUGGAGGAAUUUGCGUUGCAAAUCAUACUUCACCAAUUGAUGUAAUGAUACUUAACACGGAUUGCGCUUAUGAUUUGGUUGGUCAGCGUCAUGGUGGCUUUCUCGGAAUUCUACAACGUGCCCUUAGUCGAGCAAGCUCUCAUAUAUGGUUCGAACGAAGUGAAAUUCGUGACCGUUCUUAUAUAUAUUUCAGAUUAAAAGAGCAUGUUGACAAUGAAAAUUUGCUUCCAAUUUUGAUUUUUCCUGAAGGAACAUGCAUCAAUAAUACAUCAGUAAUGAUGUUUAAAAAAGGGUCAUUCGAGAUUGCAACUACUAUCUAUCCUAUUGCCAUGAAAUACGAUUCUCGUUUUGGUGAUCCAUUUUGGAACAGCAGUGAACAUGGUUGGUUCGAGAACUGUUUUCGGAUGUUAACUUCAUGGGCUAUUAUAUGCGAUGUUUGGUAUUUAGAACCAAUGAAGAAAUCUCCCAAUGAAAAUGCAAUUGGUUUUGCGAAUCGAGUAAAGAAGGAAAUAGCUAUGCGUGGUGGACUUGUUGAUCUGCAAUGGGAUGGAGAAUUGAAACGAAACCCAGUUCCAACCAAAUUAAUACUUCAUCAGCAACAAAAGUAUUUUCGCCGCCUUGCGCGCUAUUUUUCGGAAGAUAUGAAGAAGUGCAUCUCUACUUCUGAAAUGCAGACCUUUGCAAGUAAACUCAUAGAUUUGUUUUUUUAG